GUUUAACUUCCUCGAUCCUCAGUGCUACUUUCUAGCCGGUCGCCGGCCCAGCGUCAUCUCAGGCAGACCCAGGAUAUUACAGGCAAGGGCUCACUGUUGUUCAUCAAAAACCCCAGUCGGUAAAGCGACAUGCGCAAGCAACUCGAUCCCCGAUUGCCUAUCCUCAUCAAUAACAAUGUCAAGAAGAAUCACCGUUCAUUCGUAGUGCUAGUUGGGGACAAGGGAAGGGACCAGGUGGUGAACUUGCACUUCCUGCUAUCCCAAGCCCGGGUGUCUGCACGACCAUCCGUUCUUUGGUGUUACAAGAAGGAUCUCGGCUUCACCAGUCACCGAAAAAAGCGUGAAGCGAAGAUCAAACGGGAUGUCAAGCGCGGUGUGCGAGAAGCCAACGAGCAAGACCCCUUCGAGAUUUUUGUCACCGUCACCGACAUCCGCUAUACGUACUACAAGGAGUCGCACAAGAUCCUGGGUCAGACCUAUGGCAUGUGUGUGCUGCAGGACUUCGAGGCGAUCACGCCGAACCUACUUGCGCGGACGAUCGAGACGGUCGAGGGAGGUGGUCUGGUUGUGAUCCUGCUGAAGACGAUGAGCUCGCUGAGGCAGCUGUAUACCAUGACCAUGGAUGUUCACGCCCGGUACCGAACAUCCGCCCACGACACGGUCGUCGCGCGUUUCAAUGAACGCUUCAUACUUUCCCUCAGUUCCUGCGAGGACUGCCUCGUCCUGGACGAUGAACUCAACGUCCUUCCUGUAUCGCGAGGCAAGGACAUCAGGCCCAUCGAGGAGGAGCGCGGGAAGGGCAAGGUCGAGUCCGAGUUGAAGGAUCUCAAGGACAGCCUCGCAGACACAAAACCCGUCGGCGAACUCGUGAAGCUCGCGAAGACACUUGAUCAGGCGCAGGCGAUACUCACUUUCGUCGACGCCAUCGCGGAGAAGACGCUUAGCUCGACAGUCACGCUCACUGCAGCCCGUGGACGAGGAAAGUCUGCGGCACUGGGUCUUGCGAUUGCAGCGGCGCUUGCACAUGGGUACUCGAAUAUCUUCGUGACGAGUCCUAGCCCGGAGAACUUGAAGACGCUGUUCGACUUCGUGUUCAAGGGCAUGGAUGCUCUGGGGUACGAGGAACACCUUGACUAUGAUAUUGCACAAAGCACGAAUCCCGACUUCAACAAGGCGAUUGUGCGGGUCAACGUCUUCCGGCAACAUCGUCAGACUAUUCAGUACAUUCAACCACAAGAUGCCCAUGUCCUCGGGCAAGCCGAGCUAGUCAUCAUCGAUGAAGCUGCCGCUAUUCCUCUGCCACUAGUUCGCAACCUCAUUGGCCCUUACCUGGUUUUCAUGGCGUCCACCAUCAACGGCUACGAAGGCACCGGCCGGUCGCUCUCCCUUAAGCUCAUCCAGCAGCUGCGCGAGAGCACGCGAUCCGCCCUUACAAAAGACGCCGCGUCCGCCGACGAUACCGCGCCCACCGCAGGUUCGUCCAAGAAGCCGCUCGCCAAGGCCCCGCCCAAGGCACGCACGCUGCGCGAGAUUAAGCUCGAGACACCCAUCCGGUACGCCACAGGCGACAAGGUAGAGAGGUGGCUGAACGCGCUCCUCUGCCUCGAUGCGACGAUCGCGCCGAAGAGCGCAGUGCACAGCACGCCGCACCCGUCGCAGUGCGAGCUCUUCUACGUCUCGCGCGACACGCUGUUCAGCUACCACCCUGCGUCGGAGGUGUUCCUCCAGCGCAUGAUGGCGUUGUACGUCGCGAGCCACUACAAGAACCAGCCGAACGACCUGCAGCUCCUGAGUGACGCACCCGCGCACCAUUUGUUCGUGCUUCUGCCGCCGAUCAAGGACGACGAGAGCACGCUGCCGGAGCCGCUUGUCGUCCUGCAAGUUGCGCUGGAGGGCAACAUCAGCAAGCAGGCCAUCAUGGAUGGCCUGAGUCGCGGAUUCAGGGCUGGCGGAGACAUGAUUCCUUGGUUAAUUUCUCAGCAGUUCCAGGAGAGCAAAUUUGCGCUACUGUCUGGCGCACGAAUAGUUCGUAUAGCUACACAUCCGGAUUAUGCCAACAUGGGCUAUGGAGCGCGCGCUCUGCAGGCUCUAAAUUCUUUCUACAGUGGGGAGUACUUCAACCUUGACGAGACUGCACAGCCCGAGCUGUCUUAUCCCGAUCCCGCCGCGAUUGACGAGUCGACAAAUCUCUUGACAGACAAGCCGACUGUCCGUGCGGCGACGGCAAUGCCACCACUACUCCAGCGUCUGACGGAACGCAAACCCGAGACACUCGACUACCUUGGCGUAUCGUACGGCUUGACACCACAGCUCCUCAGGUUCUGGAAGCGUGCGGGAUACGUGCCACUGUAUAUCCGACAGACGACGAGUGAGCUCACUGGCGAGCAUACAUGUGUUAUGGCCCGCGGCCUCAACACGUCGGCCGAUAGUGAGCUAGAGUGGCUAGGGGAGUUCGCGAGAGACUUUCGGAGACGAUUCCUGUCGUUGCUAUCGUUCAAGUUCCGGGAGUUUGGCAGCGUCACAGCUCUAAGCAUCCUAGAGGCCGCUAGCAACGGUGUCAAGAAGCUGGGGUCAGAGCGUACAAAAGAUCUGACAAACCAGGAGCUCUCCUUCCUCCUGUCGCCUUUCGACCUCAAGCGCUUGGAGUCGUAUGCCAACAACAUGCUCGACUACCAUGUCAUCCUUGACCUGCUACCCACUGUUACCUCUCUGUACUUUGAGAAGCGGCUAGGCGAGGAUGUGCACCUUAGCGCAGUGCAGAGCUCCAUUCUGCUUGCAUUGGGCAUGCAGCGCAAGACGAUCGAGGAAGUCGAGUCGGAACUGCAGCUGCCUGUCUCGCAAGCUCUCGCACUCUUCGUCAAGAUCGUCAAGAAGAUCAGCAAGCGGCUAAACGACGUUCAACGUCAGGCCAUCAGCGCUGCGAUGCCGGAGGAGCCCGCGACAUCUCGGAUAGAUGGGGACGGCAGUGCCACAAAGUGGAAGCCAGUCGAGACGAGCAUUACUGACGAACUGAAGGACGCUGGUGACGAGGUAACGAAGUCGCUACGGGAUAAGCAACGGCAGAUGAUUGACUCGCUCGACCUGAGCAAGUACGCAAUCGACGACCCCUCGGCAAAUUGGAGCAUGGCUGAGGCGCAGGUCGCCAAGCUCGCGGACGGCGGGGGAAGCGGGAAGUCCACUAUCAUCAGUGUCAAAAGCACUGCCACUGGCAAGAAGAGGAAGGCAGAUGACGGCGACGAGAAGCCAGCGAAAGAGAAGAAGGGAGCACGGCGAAGUAUGAAGAAGGCGAAGCGGUAGCAAUCGGUGCGACGUCUGAUAUCUGUCCUUGCUUAAAUGAGUACAUGGCUGUCUAUUACAUUCAUCGGUCUGAUCUACAAGUCAACCACGACGAUUACAUAUGCUCGAGUUUUUUUUUCUUU